AUGUGUGGUAUUUGUUGUGUUGUCACGUUGUGUAGCAAACAUGUCAUUCAUCACUUCCUUAAUGAAGAUCUGCUCUGCUGUCUUAGAAGAAGAGGACCAGACAGCAGCAAACAAUUGAUAAAAACUGUGUCUGACCUCUCUUACAAAUGUCUGUUUUAUGGCCACGUUCUUCACUUGAGGGGACCGGUGACUCCUCAGCCUGUGGAAGAUGCCAAUAGCAACGUUUUUCUUUGGAAUGGAGAGAUUUUCGGUGGAGUGCACGUGGGAAAUCUAGAGAAUGACACUGAGGUGAUGUUUCGUCAUCUUGCGUUAUGCAGUAGUGAAGCAGACAUUUUGUCACUCUUCUCAUCGCUUCGGGGUCCCUGGUCUUUUGUUUAUUACCAAGCAUCUAGACACACUUUAUGGUUUGGCAGAGAUUAUUUUGGUCGUCGUAGUUUGCUUUGGCGCUUCAGUGAUGAGGCUGACAGUACUCUCUGUCUCGCAUCUGUGAGUGUUCAGUCUGAAUCAGGUAACCAGUGGCAAGAAGUCCCAGCAUCGGGGAUUUUCAAAAUUGAUCUCAAAGCUUGUGCAGCAACUAAAUCUUUGUCUUUGACACUGUUUCCAUGGAAGUACAGCUGUACAGAGAAAGCAGCAGUGGAAGGAUUCAUUAAUGUUCUGGACCAAGUUUCAAAAGACUUACCAAACCACAUACGUCUCGUGAUGAAUGAAUCAGAACUGUUUCUCACAGCACCCGUUAUCCCGUUGAAUAAAACAAUUUCCGGAGCUUCAGGUGAAUGUCCAGACACUGAUAGUAGCAAUAUUACCCACGUGGUUUCUGUAGAAACCCUUCAAGGAUUUCUUGCAGAGGAGCACCGGAGAAAAUUAGUCCAUGAGUUUACUGAUGUGCUUAAUGAAGCAGUGAAGAGACGGGUUUUGUCUCUUGUUAGAGGGAAAGAUGAAAACACAAGAGAGCUUCCAAGCACAUCUAGCAGGAAGGCAUACGUUGGAGUGCUGUUUUCUGGCGGCAUUGAUUCCAUGGUGAUUGCGGCCCUUGCUGAUAAACAUGUGCCUUCAGGGGAGCCAAUUGAUCUUCUUAAUGUAGCUUUUAUGGCCAAAGAACAGGCUAAGCAAAAAAGCCCCACUAAAAUCUGUGCCAGCCUGCAAGUACAGCUGGAUUUGGUUUGUCAUCGAGAAGGGUGUCAAGAUCUUGAUGCUAAAAGUGCUGUUCCCUUGUCUUGCUUCGAUGUUCCUGACAGGAUCACUGGUAGGGCUGGACUGAAAGAAUUGGAAGCCAUUAACCCUUCAAGAACCUGGAACUUUGUGGAAAUCAAUGUUACACUGGAGGAACUAAAAAAAAUGAGACAAGAAUGCAUUCAUCACUUGAUUUAUCCACUGGAUACAGUAUUAGAUGACAGCAUUGGCUGUGCAAUUUGGUUUGCUUCCAGAGGGGAGGGUUUUAUUAGUAACCAAGGACAGCUGAAGCCGUACAAAAGUCCUGCAAAGGUUGUGCUUUCAGGAAUUGGAGCAGAUGAACAGCUUGCUGGUUACUCUCGACAUCGUGUUUGCUUCAAAAAGUAUGGCUUAGAGGGCCUGAAUAAAGAACUUGAAAUUGAGUUGGGUCGCAUUUCUUCCAGAAAUCUUGGCAGAGAUGACAGGAUUAUUGCUGAUCAUGGAAAAGAAGCCAGAUUUCCUUUUCUUGAUGAAGAUGUGGUUUCAUUCCUCAGUUCUCUGCCCAUCUCAGAAAAAGCUGACUUGACUUUACCUCGAGGAGUCGGUGAGAAGCUGAUUCUGCGCCUUGCAGCCAAGGAGCUUGGCCUUGCAGCAUCCACCAUUCUGCCCAAGAGGGCUGUACAGUUCGGAUCUCGAAUUGCAAAACUGGAGAGCAGCAGAGAAAAAGCAGCUGACAUCUGUAGCAGACUGAAGUUAUUGUCAGUAGAAGAAUUAUGAAGACCACAUCUUGAGAUGCUGCAUUUACUUUAUAUGUGAAUUCAGUAAAUCUUUAGUUUUCUUAGAAUCUUUGGUCUGGUAUUUUUUACAGACUUGGACAUUGUUAAUUAUCAAAGUAUUACAUCCAAGAUCAAAGUCUAUAGCCCAAGAGACUUGCUAGGAAUGUAUCUUCUGGCAGGGAGAAAGGAAUCUAUGAGGAAGAGAGGAUUAAAUCACAAAAUACAUCGGGUUGGAAGGACCCUCAAAGGCCAUCUUGUCCAGCCCCCUUGCAGUUAGCAGGGGCACCUACAACUACAGCAGGGCCCCAUCAAGUAUGACCUUGAAUGCCUCCAGGGAUGGGGCCUCCACCAUAUCUCUGGGCAACUUGUUCCAGUAUUCACCACUCUAACUCAUUCACUCAAUUGUAAGGAAUUUCCUCCUGAUGUCCAACCUAAAUCUGCUCUGCUUCAGUUUCAAACCAUUGUCCCUCAUCCUAUCAGUCCAAGUCCUUCUAAACAGUUCCUCCCCAGCCUUUAGAUGGCCUUCACAUUCUGAAAUGCUGCUGUAAGUUCUCCCCAGAACCUCCUAUUCUCCAGGCUGAACAGCCCCUAAUUCUUUCAGUCUGUUUCUCUGGGAGAGGUGCUCCAGCCCUCUGGUCAUCUUGGUGACCCUCCUCUAGAGCCACUCCAGCAGAUCCAUGUGUCUCUUGUGUUAGGCGCCCGUAGCCGGACACAGUCAUCCAGGUGAGGUCUCACCAUAGCAGAGCAGAGUGGCAGAAUCACCUCUCUCAACCUGGUGGCCAUGCUUCUUCUGAUGCAGCUCAGGAUGCAAUUUGCCUUCUGGGCUGCAAAUGCACAUUGCUGGCUCAUGUCCAGUUUAUUGUCCACCAGAUAUUGGCUUCCCUACCCCUUUCCCCAUUGAUGUCAGUAUCACAAAAAGCAUAUUGAAUGCAUCCAAUCUGUUGCCCACACUGAAUUAAGCCCAAUGGCUUUUCCUUUGUGUAGCAGAGAGCUGGUGUAUUGCAAAUAGCACAGCUGCACUGUGUCAUUCAUGCAAUAUGCUGGGCAUACACUGUUUAAAUUGGCACUCGAACUACUUGAAAAUGCAUUUAGGUUUGACACUUGAUAGGUUCACUAGUGUGGUAAGAUCUGCACAGAAGCCUUUGAAAACCAUACCAGACUGCAGCAGAGCUUAGGCUGUCAGCAAAAGCUUCUGAAGAAACAGCUGAAGCUCAGAGCUAUCCGCAGAAAUACGGAGUACCCGAAGUUAAUGAGCUUGGAUUCCAUUUUUACUGGGGUUUGAAAAGAAGGUGGAAAGCCUAAAUGUAAGUAGAUGCCUUCAGCCACAUUCUAGUAAGAAUAAUGUAACUUUUCUAUUUUUUUUAAAUUCAAAUUUGCUAUAUCUUCUAGAUACCACAACUUGUAGACUUGUUACAUGUUUAUGGCUUUUCUAUAUUAAAUACUGAAUUAACUUCAGUGGUUUAAGCUGUUGGCAUAUUGCUGCUUCUGGGAAAAAAAAAACCACCGAAACACCAAAAAACCCAAACAAAACCAAAUACAAACAUCCUUUUCCAAUAUUUUGUGGAGUUAAAACUGAAAGAUGACUGCCACUGCCUUGUGUUUGAGGCUUUUUUUUGGACGAAAUUCCAAAUAGCAACCUUUUCAAUGUGUGCAGUGAGAAUUUUUGUGUGGUUUUGAUGUUGGUACUCUGUCAGUAAAGGGCAUUUUGUUAAA